AAAGCAUAUAAACAAUCAGGGCGAUUGUUUAUUGUCACCAUACUUUACGUAACAAAAGAAACGUUACAUUGGUCACUCCGGGGUCACCAAUGUAACGUUUUUGUAAACGUUUUGUAAAUCUAAACACAGACAAUGUAACGUUUGUAAACUGCGAGCAUAACGUCCCACAAGCAAGCGUGUGGGAAGUAAGUAGUUAAUAAGAUGAAAAAGAGUUAAACCAACAUCAUUAGAACACUUGUAACUGCCUGAUUCCUCCCUUCUUGCUCAUUGGCCUCCAUAGUGAACGUGGCAAAUUAUCUGCUGCUCAUCUGAAUCUUCAUUAAUUCCUGUUCAUACUUACAUGGACAGUCUCUCGUUGUCUUAGAAACUACACCAGAGAAUAGUAUUCUACCAUUAUAAUGUCGAUAGGUUAUAACCAUUAAUGUACGUUUUAUCAAGGCGAGAGUGCCAGUUUCUCAUACGCUCUCUGAGUGGCCCGAACAUCUGUGUUCGUAUGAUGAACCAGUAUUAUCUGUGGAGGGGAAAUAUCCCCACUGUGGCAAGGGGGAGAGCACUGUUUACAUGUAUAUAUACCUUAGUUUUACGUUAUCAUAUCUUUAAUUAUAUGCUGUCGUGCGGAGUGAAAUUAAGUAUGAGUGUUAAAUUAGUUGCUUAAUUAGAAAAUAUAUUUUUAAUUUAGAAUUGGUACCCAUUUAGGAUAAGGUGGAGCUAACACAAAUUGUGUCUAUUUUCAAGAGAGAGACUAAUAUUUUUUUAAUGUCAUCCAGUGAAACUGGUGGGUGCUUACAGUAGUUACCCCAUAUUUUGUGACAUACACAUUUUUCACGAGCUAAUUGUAUUGUAAUCUUCGAUUAAUACGAUGACGUUUAUAAAAUGCAGGGAAUCUCCCUACAUCCGGGGGCGGAACACCUGCUGCAGGGAGCGAGUGCCCGCAUGCCGCCUUCGUGAUGGCGUCAGUCAGCACCUCGCCCUGCAGUCUUACACCAGGCCGGCGGCGCCAGGGACCUACGUCGCCCCACAGCAACACAACACUCGCCGUUGACUUGUCGGAUUCCGACGAUAUAUUUUUCGUGCCGCGUCGUCGUCGUCGUCGUCUUCCCCGCCGGAGAGCUCGGCCGGUGUCCGAGGUGACAGCUAACAUCAACAUGGUGCUCAUCACCACCACGUCGCGCGCCUGGGGCGACGAAUUCUGCGAUAUUAGUCUGGAAAAUGCGGGUGAUAUCAAAGGUGGCAGUGGCGAUGGUUAUGGCAAGAUGGCAGUCUCGUGUGGGAAGAGCAGUGUAAAGCAAAAUUUGAAACAUAUCGCGCAUAAGAUAACCCACGGGAGGAAACUGAGUGAUGAGGUCGCGCUGGUGACCAAGAAUGACCUCUCUAGUGAUCCGAGUGAACACGUCAACCUCCCUCCUUUUGAGAUUUACUGUGAUCAUGACCAAGACACUCAGAGUCACACGGAGCCGAGGUCAGGUCACCCAAGUAGCGAUGACUAUUCUGCCCUGGAGGGAGGCUCCUGCAGGCACAAACACAGCUGCUGCUACCUUGGGCAGGUGAGCCCUCAGGCCUCGCCACACUACUCCGCCUCGCCUACUGGCUACUGCUCCUACUCCAGCCUCAUGCGUGCUGCUGAUGACGCUGCCUACGGCGACUCCGACACCGCCACCGUCACAAGUGACAGAAGCAGACACGAUAGCGACAGCAGAUGGAGCAGCAGCAGCAGCACCCAGCGGAGGCGGUCGCUAGUGGACGACCUGCUGCUCUCCAUCUACCGCCACCACCACCGCCGGCGCCCCAGCAGCAGCCUGGGCGACUCUGACACCCUCACCGAGCACUCCACCACCUCCGACACCCCCGCCCACCACGCCCACCACCGCCUCCUCCCGUCCUCCUCCAGGCUCGUCCACCGCAAGUUUAGGCUCCUCGACAAAGUUGUCUUAGAAGAUGUUAGAAAUGGUUAG